CGUUUCCAGAUCUUGGAGUGAGAGGUCAUAUAGAAGGAUUAUACUGGCAAUGAUGCAGUCUAUUGCCAAGUGUCAUCACGGCCUCAUGCGGAGCAGUACAAGGCGAUCGUCUACUCAGUGUAGACUCUUGUCCUCGUCCAUGCAAGUACUGGAAAACACCGAAGCGGUGGCUCAGAAAGUCUUGGCAUCUCUUUCAUCCAUCCCUUGUCCCAGUGACGACGCCACCAAACCAGCUUUCUUGUUACGCCAAUGCCCGGUUGCCAACCAGCAUGGUCCAACUCCUCUGGCAUGUGCCCCAGACUUGGCCCGACAGUUUCAAGUGGCACAACUGUACAUCAAAGAUGAGCGAAAUCGACUUGGAAUGGGCAGUUUCAAAGCACUGGGUGCAGCCUAUGCCAUUGCCUCGGAUGCCUCAAAAGCUCCUGGACGAACUUACGUCACGGCCAGUGCUGGAAAUCAUGGGCUGUCGGUCGCAGCAGGGGCCAAAGCUUUUGGCGCCAAGGCCAUUAUAUACUUGGCCGAAUCUGUCGCUCCGUCCUUUGCCACUCGUCUCGAGCAGCAAUUUGGAGCAACAGUGAUACGAGAGGGAACCACCUACGAAGAGAGUAUGCAAGCCGCUGAGCACGCAGUGUCCCAAAACAUGAAUCAUGACCAAAGUAUGGUUCUACUUUCCGAUAGCUCCUGGUUGGGCUACAGCUUUCACUAUCCUCUCCGAGUCAUGGAGGGCUAUUUGGUUUUGAUGCACGAAGCCGUCCAGCAAAUCCCACAACCACCCACGCAUUUGUUUCUUCAAGCAGGAGUAGGAGGCAUGGCUGCGGCCUGUGCUGCCUAUGCACGUAAAGUUUGGGGGGAUAAGACUAGGAUUAUAGUGGUGGAGCCGCAAGAAGCACCGGCAUUGUUGGAGUCUAUGGUAGCCGGAAAGCCAGUCAUUGCUAAGGGAGAUUUAUCCUGCAUGGGACGCCUCGAUUGCAAAGAGCCUUCUCUCAUUGCCCUCAAGGGGCUGGCCCGAGAUGCGGAUUAUUUCAUAACCAUUUCAGAACAAUCCGGGCAAGAUGGAGUGGAGUGCGCAGAAACUGCAGGGUACAAGACCACUCCGUCAGGGGCUGCCGGUCUCGCGGGUGUCAUGGAGGUGACAACAGCCCAACAAAACCAACGCAAUACUCUGGGAUUGACGGCGGAAUCGCGUGUCAUGAUAGUCCUCACGGAAGCGCCAGUUUCAUGAGAGGCAAAAGCAGUAGCAACAACUUUGUUCAAAGUCGACCGUCUAGCUAGCUUGUUACCGCCGGGGGCCACAAAAAGGCGAUUUGACUCCCGGACCUAGAUAUUAUGGUACCACUGCACCCACCACCGAUCAUCAGAUUACUGUCGAGCUCCCCAUCGAGCUCUAUCUAGUUUUGAACUUGUGUCUUCCCCAUGAGGCUCUGUGCCACCAACAGACACUCCCGUAUCCACGUCCUCUUGGUGCACGCUGUUGCCCGGAGACUUUGCACCAAUCCCUCGAGGAUGCGUAAUCCCUGUAACAAAACUUCUCGGUCGAUCAGCCGUUGAGCCUCUACUAGGCACAAAACUGGCUUUGGGACCUUUGUAGUAAGCGUGGGGGGCAUCCAACUUUGUGCCCCUCUGAUGAGCGUCUGGUGCGG